AUGAUAACCACCAUAUCUCAGUCCCUGACACUCCGUACUCCUUCCAUCCCCAGCAGAGAUAAGAACAACAUGAGGCCUAAGAACCAGAGCAGCAUGUCCGAGUUCCUACUCCUGGGGCUCCCCAUGAGGCCAGAGCAGCAGGGCAUGUUCUUCACCCUGUUCCUGGGCAUGUACCUGACCACGGUGCUGGGGAACCUGCUCAUCAUCCUGCUCAUCAGGCUGGACUCUCGCCUCCACACGCCCAUGUACUUCUUCCUCAGCCACUUGGCCUUCUCUGAUAUCUCUUUCUCAUCUGUCACCGUCCCAAAGAUGCUGAUGAACAUGCAGACUCAGCACUUAUCCAUCCCCUAUGUGGCAUGCAUUUCCCAGAUGUAUUUUUUCAUAUUUUUUGUCUGUCUUGACAAUUUCCUUCUUGCAGUGAUGGCAUAUGACAGGUAUGUGGCCAUCUGUCAACCACUCCACUACACCACUGUCAUGAGGGAGGAGCUGUGUAUCUUACUGGUGGCUGGAUCCUGGUUCUUCUCGUGUGCCCAUGCCCUAUUGCAUACUCUCCUUCUGUCCCGCCUGUCCUUCUGUGCUGACAAUACCAUCCCUCAUUUCUUUUGUGAUCUCACUGCCCUUUUGAAGUUGAUCUGCUCAGAAACCUCCCAUGAGCUAGUUAUCUUCACCGAGGGGGGAGUGUUUGCCUUCCUGCCAUUGUGUGCUAUUUUCGGCUCUUAUAUUCGCAUUGGGGCCACCAUCCUAGGGGUUCCCUCCAUCAAGAGGAUCUGCAAAGGCUUGUCCACCUGUGGCUCCCACCUCCUUGUGGUGUUUUUGUACUAUGGGACUCUUGCAAUGAUUUACUUCAUUCCUUCAUCAAACAAUUCCAAAGUCAAAGAUAUAAUUGCUUCAGUUAUAUAUACAGUGGUGACACCCAUGUUAAACCCCUUUAUCUAUAGCCUGAGGAACAGGGACAUGAAACUGGCUCUGGGGAUACUUUAUAGGAGGAAAAUUAUUUUUUCUAAGUAA